UUGUGAAUAGCGUAAAUGGACCAUAUCGUACGCCUAAUCUUGGCCCGUACACUUUGGGAUGUCGCUGAGUGCUGCCGCGAGGAGGAGCUUGGCACAGCGCUGCUCGCAUUUGCGUCGUGAAUCGCCUCUUUUGUGGUGCCACCGAUCAUCCGCGCCACAGGAGCAUGAUCUAGGUUCUAGGCGUCCGCCCCAGCCGUGGUCCAGUCGUCUCCGAUCGCGCGCAUUCUCAUCACCCAGUGCCGCCAGUGAACAAGACAAACCAAAGAUCUCUGUGACCUUUGUGGACAAGAAUGGCAGCGAGAAAUCGAUCCAGGUUCCCGUUGGAAUGUCGAUGCUAGAAGCUGCUCACGAGAACGAGAUCGAGCUGGAAGGGGCUUGCGAGGGAUCUCUAGCCUGCUCGACUUGUCACGUAAUCUUCAUGGACGAGGAGCUCUACCAGAAGUUGCCAGAGCCAUCCGACGAAGAGAACGAUAUGCUCGACCUGGCGUUCGGGCUCACAGAGACAUCACGUCUUGGCUGCCAAAUCAUCGCCAAACCAGAGCUGGAUGGGAUGCGUCUGGCUCUUCCGCCGGCUACCAGGAACUUCGCUGUGGAUGGACACGUUCCAAAGCCUCACUAGCAGCGAUCUGCUAGAGCCAUAACUAAACGAACUCAACAAAGAUACCCUGGUAAGUGAAUUCAUUCUCACUUUGUGAGGUUUUGAGCUAUCACAGUUUGGCUAUAAAAUCAAACCAAGAAUGCAGCUAGCUUACUAUCACGAUGGCAUUGGCUUUCCAGCCAGGAUUUGAUGAGCGGUACAGCCGGGUUGGAACAUUGGUAGCGCAUGGCCAGCACCUCGGACCGUCAAUCUCCUUGUAUCCACCAACCUGGUGAAGAGACGAUACAAGAUAUGAACGAGAAGUUUGGGAGCUCCAAAUGCUACCUCUUCUUCUCGGUACCAUGGAUACCACGGUUUAGAAAUGUUAAGUUUGAGUUUCUCAACUGAGUAUUGUGAAGCAACCGAGUCGACAUCUCCACUGUUCACACUCGCAGUUAGAACAAAAGGACUGCCUAAGUAUCUCAUGACGAAUAGUUACUCUUGCCGAUGUUGUC